AUGCUGCGCACAUCGGCCACCAACCUGCUGCGCAAGAGCCUUGUGCGCAGCACUCCCGCCCUGGCCUCGCGAGCUGCCUCGACUCACGCCAUCUCCAACCCUACCCUCGCCAACAUCGAGAAGCGAUGGGAGGGCAUGCCCCUCCAGGAGCAGGCCGAGCUCUGGAUGGCUCUGCGUGACCGCAUGCAGUCCAACUGGACCGAGUUGACCCUCCAGGAGAAGAAAGCUGCCGAGAUACUGCGUUCACAACCACCACAACCCAACGUUUCAGCCUUCUCAGAUGGCAUUUCUGCAUGCGCUUACUGGAUUGCCUUCGGCCCUCACGGCCCCCGCGCUGAAGACCCCCCUGGAACCAACGCCCGUAUCGCCUGGGGUAUCUUCAUUGGUAUCGCUGCCAGUGUCGGUCUCUUCGGCCUGGUCCGCCUUGUCGCUAAGCCUGCUCCUUACACCAUGACCCAGGAGUACCAGGAGGAGACCAACGAGUUCCUCAAGAACCAAAAAUCCGAUCCCUUCACUGGUAUCACCUCUCCCGGUUACGCUGGCAAGGGUAUGGUCCAGUCUCCUCCCAAGGGCAACUAA